GUAGGGAACGCCACUGCUGGGCUCAGCUGGGCACGCCAGGGUGACUGCACGCCAGCCGUGGGUGCUGUCAGAUUGGCCUUGCAGCAAAAUCUGCUCAGGGCAGAGAUAUGGUGUGGUUUGCCGGAGCCUGACAGCCCCUCAGUUCCUUAGGCAGCGGAGCAUCCCCCUGGGGACACAUGCUCAUCCCUGGCUGUGCUGGUGGCACAGCUGUGUCUCCACGGGCCGGUGGGGCCAAGUAGAUCUGGCAGGCGAGGCAGCUCCGUCCCUGGAUUUCUGCAGCUUUUCAUGUCGUUUCCUCUCAUCCCGCCCUGACUCCAGUUUUAUCAGCUCCAUUGAAAUAGGUCCCUGGAGGGAAACCCAUCGGCGUUGUGAAGCCUUGGCAGCAGGAGAGCGGAUGUGGCCCGGCCGGGUGUCCCUGCGGGGCGGCGGGCAGCUGCAGGCAGCUGUGCUGGCAGGAAGCCACGCAGACGCCCUGCUCCGGGACCUGCCUGCACCCCACCUUGCAGCGCGGCCGCCUCGCUGGAGCCACGGCAAUGAAUGGGCACGCUCUGCCAGCCGGCACGCCAGCACAUCCCCGGGGCUGGCAUGAGUUCUGCGAGCUGCACGCCAUCAGCACCGCCAAGGAGCUGGCGCGGCACUACCUGCGCUUUGCCACCGAGCACCCGCACCAUGACCUCCUGGCUGCUGAGAACUUCUCGGUGCAGUUCACCGACCUCUUCCAACAGUACUUCUGCCAUGAGGUGAAGGAGGGCUUUGCCAUGAACCAGCUCCACAUCCUGCCCGCUGGCCCAGCGCGGGAUUACCGGGAGGCGCACCGGCGGCACACAGAUGCCUCCCUGGGCACCGUGGCUGCCAAAGCUGAGGUGGAGCCAGUCACCCGCCCUGAGCAGCCUGGCCAAGCUCCUGAGGCCACCCCGACAGGGCUGCGCAAGUCCUGGAGCUCGGAGGAGCUGGUGGGACCAGCGCGGCGGCCCUUCUCACUCAGCCAGCUGCGCAGGAGCUGGCGCAGCCUCUUCCGACGCCGUUCCUCGGACACCCUCCCCGGGGAUGGGGAUGGGGAGGCGGUGGCAGAGGCGGCUCUCAAGCCAGGACUGGGCAAGCGCAUCCUGCCGUGGGGGCUGUUGCGGGAGCAGCCCCCCGAGGUGCGCAAGGAGGGGCUGCUCAAGUACGGGCUGCUGGACGAGACCUCCCUGGAUAGUGGGACACGCUGGCAGCGCUGCCGCCUGGUUCUGCGGCGAGCGGGGACAUCUGAUGGCGAGGAGUAUGUGCUAGAGCUCUUCGACCCGCCCAAGGGCUCCAAGCCAAAACUGCAUGCCACCUGCUCUGCCAUCCAGGAGGUGCGAAGGUGCACACGCCUUGAGAUGCCUGAUAACCUCCACACCUUCGUCCUCAAGGUCACCAAUGCCACCGAUGUCGUGUUUGAGGCAGGGGAUGAGCAGCAGCUCAGCUCCUGGACAGCUGAGAUCCGGGAGUGUGCGCACAGGGGGUCUGAUGUGGGGGACCCCGAGCUCCUGGCAUGCCGGCACCCUGACCCCACGUCCGCCAGCCCCACCACCAGCACCGACAGCCAAGGGGCAACACCGGGGGUCCCAGGGGAGGUGACGGGGCCGAAGACGGAGCAGUUCCUCUCCUCCUGCCCCUGGUUCCACGGGCCCAUCUCCCGCGUGAAGGCAGCUCAGCUGGUGCAGCUGCGGGGGCUGGAGGGACAUGGCGUCUUCCUGGUGCGGCAGAGCGAGACACGCCGCGGCGAGUACGUGCUCACCUUCAACUUCCAGGGCAGAGCAAAGCACCUGCGGCUGGCGCUGACGGAGUGGGGCCAGUGCCGUGUCCAACACCUCCGCUUCUCCUCCAUUGUGGAGAUGCUGCACCACUUCCAUCGCUACCCCAUCCCGCUAGAGUGCGGGACAGCCUGUGACGUCCGUCUGUCCAGCUACGUUGUUGUCCUGCCCCAGUCACAAGCUCCCGGCUCUGGCAGCACGGUCCCUCUCCCCCUGCCUGUUCCCAGCUGGAGCCCCGAAUUCAGCCUCACCUCCGCCAGCUCCUCCUGCCCCCGUGACCCUGACGAGAUCCCCCCAGGUCCCCCGCUGGAGCAGAUCUUCCACCUGGUGCCACCGCCAGCAGAGCUGGCGCAGAGCCUGCGCCCGAGCGGAGGGGCCAUGGCCCCUGGCCCCCGGCACCGCGAUUCGGACUAUGAGGCGGAGGCACCAGGCCGGGGCCACAUCCGUGCCAUCGACAACCAGUACACGCCGCUCUGACGGACGCCGUGCCGGCACCAGGACGCACUUUCGGGUGGAGAAAUCCUAGAGACCUUCUGGGUUUUCCAUCAAGAGAAAGAAUGUACCUAGUUUCUUCCUUCUGGUUAGGGAUGAUUAUUAUAUUUUUGCAAGGAAGGGGGUAAUUUUUCACUCCAGUAUGGGUGUGCUCCCUGUCUUCGGCCUGUUAAAGGGCCUUUUAUUUUUAUUUUUGUUGUUAUUAUCAAAGCUUUCUCAUUACUGUUUACACAUGCUGCUCUUGCCUGCAUCCUUGCAUGCCGAGCAUCGCGCCGUCGAGCUCAGUCUCCCUCCUGUCCCUGAUAUGACAGCACCCAGUGAAGGAACCGGGGUCUUGCAUUACACCAUAUAAUUGCAGAAAGGAAAAAAAAAAAGGAAAAAAAAAAAAAAAAGAUUAUAAAUUCAUAGACCAGUUGCUGCUCUGGGCUGUGCGCAGGUGAAGAUGAGCCCUGUCUUCCUGCCCCAGCACGAGCUCCCACUGCUAAACCCACCAGUGAGGCCCGACCUGCCAGAGCUGAGCUCCCAUGUCAGGUGAGGAUGGCGAUUGUGAUCAGAGUUUGGGCUUUAUUUUUAGAUAAGGAAAAAACUGGCUCUUCUUGCUCCUUUUUUUUUAAAUCUAGCACAGUUGCACUCACUCCCUGCACCAGCCAGAGGCAUACUUAUGCCAUUAGCCUUGCUAAUUAAGACGUGAACACUAACUGCUCCCUCAUUAAUAAUGUCACUAGCUGAGAACUAACAUGGAGACUGACAGCAAACCGCUCCUCCUGGUGAUGAAGGUGUUUUAUCCCAGCGAUGGAAGUGUUUUAUCCUGGUGAUGGAGGCGCUUUUAUCCCAGUGAUGGAAACAUUUUAGGCACAAAUCUAAAGUGAGUUUUUUCCCCAAACAUUUUUCUACGUCACCAGAGCAGGCAGCUGUCCACCCCACUCUCACUUGCCUUCCCCCCACCCAAACGCUGGGUAACCAGGAGUUUGGCAGUAUUUAAAGCUAUGCAAUGGCCUCUCGCGGGCGAGGCGGUGCCAUCGGCAUACACCUCCCUGCCUGGAGGAAAAGCCGCUCCCAGUCAGCCCGAGCCCGCAGAGGGGCUGCAACCCCUGAUGUGCCUCAGGUGGAGGAGCCCAGUGGGUCAGCAUCUUGACAGCUGUGAUUACACACACCGCAGGUACUUUAGCUCGUUCACCUGCGUGCAUCUUGCCCUAGGAGCACUGGUUGCAUGCACACCGAGCAAGAUGUAACUCCCGUGGGAACAACUGUGCGUCCAGCAGAUUCCCAGGGUUUGAUGUCCCCAUCCCAGGCAGCAAAGGCACGUGCACAAGGAGAGCAGUGCCAGAGCCAGGAAUGCGGCCAUGCCCCAACUUCUGCUGCUGUUUUCAGGUUCUGCAGUCACGGGUGCUGCUUUACCUGGGGCAGCCAGCACAGCCGCACCGAGAGAGGAACUACUUCUUAGAAGCUGCCGUUAUUUUAAGAAUAAGGAAGGGGCUGGAGCAGUUGCGACACACGGGAGGGGAUGUUCGCAGCAUUCAACUUCCAGAUUUCUCAGCACAGACCACGCGGCGCUCCCUGGGAUUUCGGAUGCAAAACUUGUCUUGAAAUUGCCUCACAGGAAAGCCUAUUUUUUUUUUCCCUUGAGGAGGGAGCCCUCAGGAGCUUUAAUAUUUAGGAAUGAAUUUGAAAGCAAGCAAACAAAAAGCCUGGUGGGAUAAAGUUAGCAAAAAUCCAGCCUCUGGACUUUGCCGUUAAGCCAGUGCAUGGUGAGCCCAGUUGGCAGUCCAAGCCCAAGAAGCCAAGCUCUGCUCAAGGUCAGGAGUUGAAAGGCAAGAUCAUGGUGCUGCUGUGCUGUGCUGGGCCAGAAAGGGCAGAUGUAGAGCGGGCAGGGGCCAGGACCAGCCAGGGCCAAAAUAGCCAGGGCCAAACAUGGGCCAGGGACUGGCCGUGAAGGCAAAUGAGGGCUGGGAGAAAGCGGAUACCAUUGACCUGAGAAACCACUUAGGAUUUGCAUUUUGUGCCUCUCCAUCUCUUGUCCCAGCCCUCUCCUGGGUUGUCUUUGUACAUUCAGAGCAGGAAAGGUCUUUUUCUUCCCCCUUCCUCUGUUUAAAAUGACUUGAAAAUGGACGCGUGGGGAGCAAUCCUGUAUUUCGGCAAGGAUCAGCGUUUCUGUGCUCAGCACACACCGUCGCGCACUCCCUCUUGAAACCGGAGCAUUAAGAGCAAAUUGCACUCCGAGCGCUGCCAAACCCAGCGAGGCUGCUGGAGAAACAAAGGCAGCCCUGUCCUCAGCUGGAGCUUCUCAGCUGUAUCUGCAUCCCGUUGUCCUCCCUGGACCAGCACAAAGGCUGCACCGAACGGCAGGAGCAUAUAGCCAGGGCUGGUGGUUUGUGCUAGGCAAGUCAGCUCCCUUCCUUGCUAAUAAAUAACUCCCCGUGGUCUUGCAUUUAGAGGGAUGAAGAAGGGAAGGGGAAGAAGCAUAGCACAAGUUGUUGGCUCUUUGCUUGCUUGGUGCAUGGUUCCCAGAACAUGCACAUCUUGGAAAACACUUGCAAAUGCUAAAUCUUGCUAAGGUUCAAAGAGCUGAUUUUAGUCCUGCUGAGCUCCAGGUAGCCACAUUCAAAGGGGUCUCUCCCCAAAAGAUGUGGUCUCACCCAAAUCACCCUAUGCUCAGAGCAUCUGCAAGAAAGAACGAGCUGGGAAAAGGGAUUGCUAUUCACAGCCAGCUCAGCCCCUGCCAGAUAAAUCAGAUGCUGCUGCUGCUGGGAUGGGUUGUUUUGGCACGCCUGGACUUAUUGUUCAAGCGCCAACAACUAAACAUGCACAUGCAUGUGGUAUUUUUAACCUGCAGUUUAAUUGCAAGAGGUUUCUCUGUAGUUUAAAUGGAAAUUGCUGUGCUUGAUUAGCAAAAUAUAUGUUGAGUUCAUUAUCGCCCUGUCAGCCACUUCCCCUGUGCAAACAAACUCUGGUGGAUGCAAACUCCUGUUCACCCCACUACUGAGCAGUGGGAAAGCCGCUCUGAUUAUUUAAUAGAGUUAUUUCCAUCUCAGACCUCACCAACGAGGUAGCCAAGGGCUGUCGAGCCACGCAGCUCUACCAUCUCUCACUUUAGUCCUCUGCUCUGCCACAGCUCAGCCCCGCUGUGGGCCUGACCCCAGCUGCACCGUGACCUGAGGGGUUUGGGGGGCUACUUGCCCAGCUCCUGGAGGGCUGGGUUUGAAAUCCCAUUUCUCCUAGAAAGCAUCUGGCUUGUGAUAUAGGUCAGAGCGUGACAUGCAGCCCUACCUCUGCUCAUGCCAGCACACAUUAAUCCAGCCUGUAAGGUACUCCAUUAUAGCAGUGGGCAAAGAGCAUUACGCCAUUCUAUUAUAUGGAAUAUAAGCAACCUGAAUGAAUUUUUAUGUUCUUCUAAACUUGGGAGAAGAGCCUAGGACUUAGCAGGUUUAGUUUCCCAGCCCAUGUGGACUUUCAUCAGCCUUUAUGAAGUAGCAGCACUGAGCUCUGGGAGGAGGGGAAGCCACGGGAAGAGCCCCCACAUGGCUGCAUGCUGCAGGUACAGCCGCCUCCUGGGCUCCCAUGGAGAAAAAGGUGCGUUUCCUGAAGCUGAAGUAGUCAGAUGCGACUGCCGAGGCUUGGCUUACGCCUUGGCCCUGGAGGUGGGCACGUGCAGCAUGAGUUUGGACCCAGUCUAACAAAGCCACGACCCAACUGGCAGCGACUCUCAGUGCCUUUGCCCAGUGGCGACUCGCGCAGCCCCCCGAGGAGAGGGGCUGUUAGGGAGGGAAGCCCCAGUUCAGCCAGCUACUCAGGACAGUUGUUUAGGGCAAUAGAGAUGCAAAACAAGCAGUGCCUUCACUCUCUACGACAGCAGGGACCUGGCUUAGUGCAGAACCUAAGGCUUGGGUCCAGCCAGAACUUACCCCCUCAUCUCCAUCUGACAUUUUGGAAGCCACUUGCUGUUUGCCAAGAGACCCUCGCUGGCUUUUGUGUGUCCUUACGGGUCACAGGUUCUGAAGUUCAUGACAUGAAUCAUUAAUCUCUUCAUUCAUCCCUCCCUCCUGCAUCCCAGCCCUGAAGAACGGCACCAGCAAACCAGAGCAGAUUACCAAACACUGACACUCCCAUGGCCUUGCCGAUGGUUUUUGCAUUGAAACUAUUUUGGGGCAAAGCUCCUAGGAAGAGGUCCAGGUCCGGGACAAGGCCAAAACUUCUCAUUAGCCUCCGGACCACAGAGCACUGCUGUCAUCCAAACAAUGCAGUUUUGCUCUAACAGGAUAUAAAGCCUUAAAAUCUUGACUAACAUGUUUGAGUAUUCCAAAUUUUAAAUUUAAGCUUGUUCAGUGCGAACAGACCCAACCUUCACCAGCAACUACCAGAGGUGGGGGAGGUGACUGUGCAUGCUCUAACUCAGCCUUUAGCAGGAUGAUUAAAGCCAACAGUUUGUUGGAUGAAAAGCAUAUUGAUCUGAAAAUUCUACUUUUCACCUGCACAGAAGAGUUCUUGUAUAGUAGGUUUUUCUAUAUAUUGUUUCUGUAUGUACUGUACACGUAACUUAUUCUUGAAUAAUGCAAUUUUACUAUAAUAUAAAAAAUCUGCUCUUAAUAAACUGUUUUUAGAACUUG